AUUUUUCAAGAUUCUAAAAGAUUUUUUGUUGAAAAAUAUAAACAACUCCAUCAAGAUGAUGCUUCUGGCACAGCACAAAAUUUCUACCAUAUUACGGUAAUUCCAGAUUUUGUGAACAAGGCAGUUAAACUUAUACAACAGUCUAUAAUUCAUGUUUAUCAUGAUGACAUUCAAUAUAAAGAUACUUUAACAAGUGAAUCAGAAGUUGAAGCAGAAGAGAAAAAAUUUAAACUAGUGGUGGACCAUUUACUUAAG